UACAAACACACGGAGCAGGAAGGGGAGCUCAUCUGUGUGCAGUUUACGGUAGUUUCCAAACACAAUAUGCGGUCGUGACAGGUGUUAAAGCCGUUCAAUGUGCAAGCAAUGAACCGCUUGUGUUUUUAGAUCCUCGAUCUGUGAACUACCAUGCUGUCAAAACAAACAGUCGAGUUUUCACAUCGGAUCUACUGGUCGUCCCAACUGACCAAUGUCAUUAAGAGCUCUCACAAACAGGAGCAGACAACAGGAGCAUGAUCAUAUGAAGAUGUGACACAGGUUUUGUACAUAGUACAUGUGGUUAUUUUGUCUGCGUUAAAAUGCCACGACUAGAGGAGGUAGCCAAUGUUGUGCUCAGGGUGCCCAGUAUCUUGGUGUUGGACAUGCUUUAUAAAUGUGACAUUGAUAGCUUCACGGAUCACCUCAAGGCGAGGACAGAGGACAUGCUCUUCAAGUACAAAUAUGUGAUCUGGAACAUAUAUUACUUUGGUCAUGUAUUGAGCAUUGUGGUGCUGCUGCUGCCACUUGGGCAUAUUAUUCAGCUCUACCUGCAUGUUUUGUGUGCCCUCUUACUUUACAUGGGUCAUCAGAUUGUCAGAGAUUAUGUUAGAGGGGAAGUUCAAUAUGGGUAUGAUGGUGCACUCUUCCUGGAUUCUCCAGCAUUGAAUCGUUUUGUGACUUCACUCACUAGUCAGAUAAUAGUCAGUACACUCUGUGCAUUCCUCAUGCGCACUCAACGCGUGUGGCUCUUCUCUGCGCACUUGCUCCCUCUUCUGGCGCGUGUGGUUUCUGUGCCUCUGGACUGGCUCCUCACUCUCUCCUUCGUUUCCAUGAUGAUCACUGGGGCCGAGGUUGCUGUCUUCCUCCUCGUUAACCUCUUUGUGCCGUACAGACUGGCCAGAGCUGUUUAUAGAGAGAUAAUGGACAUAGAGGUGACUGAGCUGUACAGACUGAUGGCGGUCGGAGUGUCUCUGUGGCAUGGCUUUGCCGUGCCAGUAUUGUUUAGUGUCUUCUGGUUUGUACUGUUCGGUGUGCAACUUGUUACCAAUUUUGGCACUGUCACUGCCGUGCAGCAGGGUCCCCUUCUCUACCUCUUGACCAGUGUGUCAGAAUGCUGUGCUAGUCCAUACUCCCUGCUUGGUUUAACAUUCGUGGUAUCAUAUGCGGCUCUGGGACUCCUGAAUCUCUGCAAGUUUUACCUCGGGGGAUUCAACGCUCUACAGAACCACAAUGUCAUGCACAGAGGUGUGACAGAGGGGGUGACUCUGCUGUUACUGGCCCUGCAGACUGGUUUGUUGGACAUGACAGCUCUACAGCGCUGCUUCCUGCUUUUCAUCAUCCUCUUCAUCGUCCUCACCUCUACUCUACAAAGCAUGAGUGAGAUCACAGAGCCUGUUGUGUUGGGGCUUGGAGCCAGUAGAAACAGGAGUGUUUGGAAGCAUUUGCGUGGGUUAUCAAUGUGCAUGUUUCUACUACUAUUUCCUGGAUUCAUGGCUUACAAGAUUGCCCAAUUUUUCCACAUGGAUUUCUGGCUGCUGAUUCUGGUCUCCAGCUGUAUGCUUACAUCACUGCAGGUGACGGGCACUCUGCUGAUCUACUGCCUGUUCAUGGUGGAGGUAUGGCGUGGUGCUGCCCUGCCUGGUCUGGAUGAGAUUGUUUAUUAUGUCAACGGAGUUUGUCGGGUGCUGGAGUUUGCAGUGGCUGUGUGUGUGGUGGCAUAUGGGGCAUGGGAGUCAUUGUGGGGUGAGUGGAGCUGGAUGGGAGCGUCGGUCAUUAUCAUCCACUCGUACUGCAAUGUGUGGCUGCGUGCCCAGGCUGGCUGGAAAAGCUUCCUGCUCAGACAGGAGGCAGCUCGCAAAAUCAACUUGUUACCACGUGCCAGCGCGGAGCAGCUAGAGGUCCACAAUGAUGUCUGUGCCAUCUGCUUUCAGGACAUGACUUCAGCAGUGAUAACCUACUGUGGUCACUUCUUCCAUGGCACUUGUUUGAGAAAGUGGCUUUAUGUGCAGGAGACAUGCCCCAUGUGCCAUGCCUCUAUCAAACCCUCCUUGACCAAUCAGAUGGGUGCAGCAGCUGAUGCCCAGCCACAACAAGCACAGCAAAUGGAGCAACACCCCCAACCAUCAGAGCAACAGCCUCGACCAGAAAACUCAGAAUCCAAUCAAGAGGAGAUGCAGGGCUCACAGGGAGAUGGUGUUCACUUUACAGAGAGGGAUUGUGAUGAGUUAGGAAGGAAAUAUUCAAACUCUGAGAGAAAUUGCAGCAAGGGGAGUCUUCAGAAUUUGCAUUAUGGUGUAAAUGGAGAUUCCCAUAGUGUGGGAAAUCCAAGCUGUUCAACAGAUGGGAGCCCUUUCCAAGAGGAAGCCAAGAGCCCUGAGGAUGAGACCCAAGAGCUCAGGGAAGCAGACUGAUUAAAAAACAAGCUCAAUCAGAGACAACAUAAAGCAGAGAGAAUGUGGCAACAGAACAGACCAUGAGUCAGAAAUCUUACUCCAAAGGAAAUAGAGCAAAGUUCAGAGAAAAAGUGGGACAUACUGAAAAGGAACGAAGCCUUAAAUGUAGAGGGUUGCAAGUAUAAUUGACAUAAUUAUCAAAAAAACAUAAUUGACAAAGGACUAAGACAUGCUGAUUGUGUCCAGGGACCAAUCAAAUCACAGCACUUCAACAGCAUUUGAUUAUAGUUAACAAAUUAUAUUCAUUUUGAAUAAUCUUUUCUUGGCAUUUUUUUUUAAAUAAAAUGUCAAAUAAGAUACUUUUAGGAUGAUGGUCCAGUUCAAAGGAGAGGUAUGAAGAAAUAGGGCACUAGAAAAUGUCUCAAACUCUGGUUCUGCUUUUUUGGAGAUAUUUACUCACAAACUCAUUUGGGAAAUUAACUUGAUUCCAUUAAUUUUUGUGUCAUUUGGAUGUUGAUUAAAGGACUUUUUUUGGUAUGAGUAUUUGAGAUAAAAGUUUUGGUGAGUGAAUUUUGUGUGACUGUUAUUCUAAAUGGUGCAGAUCUGUUGCUAAUUGUGCCUCUGACACUCUAUUACAUGCUUUUGUAUGAGCAUAAAUGAUGUGAUUUAAAGUCAUGAUCAUUCUUUCAAUUGCAUUAUUAUUAAUGGAUGAAUACUGCCCAACAGUGGUGGAUUUAGGCAUGGGCGAAAUGGGUAGCUACCCGGGGUGGCACCUUGCCGGGGGCGGCAUGGGGCGCUAUACAAUCUAGAACCGCUACUGCUGCCCAAAUUAAUUAGUGAAUAAAAGAUGGUCCAUGAGCUGCUCUCUGCACAAGGCAAAGAUCAAUGUUCAAGGGGAAAUUACCAUUUAGUCUUAACAAAAAAUAAAGAUUAAAGUCUUAUACAACCACACUGAUUUAAGUUGUUUUGCCCUGUGGUUAAAGUCUUGCCCAGUUUCAUUUAAACCUCUGUGCAAAACAAUCAUUUGGAUAUGAUUAUGUGUCCAUUUUAUUGUGGUAAUCUAUUGCUUUCAUGCUGAAUGAUUAAAACUAUAUAAGUUAUCAUUGACUGGUUUGUUUACUGAUUGAAUGCAUGUUUUUCAGACUCCAGAAAGUUCAUGACAUAUUACUUUGCUAUAUGUACACCCAAUAAGACUAUUGGGGACAACUUAUCAACUCUUUUAGGACCCAUCUUGAAGCAAAACCACAGUGACUUCAAUUAGUUCUGUUUAGGUUUUGGUUACUGGAUCAGAUUGUGUAUUUUUUUCUGCGUUGUAACUAAAUGUAUAAAUGUUCAAUAGGUAGUAAUAAAUUUGUUUGUGUUCAAAAUCUUGAAAUUAUCACAAGUCCUAGGGUUGCCACUCGGGACUUUCCAGGAUUGUCUUGGUUUUUGGCGAAAUGCAUUCUCAUAUGAAUAAAAAAGUCUGAUUAAUUUUAGUGAACUGGUUUGUUGGGGUGAUUGAGAUUUUUCACUUGUGUGUGAAUAAUCCUUUAAACUUGUCUACUUACUAUGAUGUUUGUAUGUUCAAAAAAGGAAUGUCCUUUCUUUUACUUUAAGAUCUCUUGGGUUCAUAAUGCCCAAAACUC